AAACUCUUAGAUUUCAAAUAAUAUCCAAUAAUGCAUUUUCACGUCUUAUUGUUGCUCAGUGGAUUAUUUUAUUCCUGUUCCGGUUUCAAUAUAAGUAAUUUAUUUCUUGCAAAGAACGUAACAGGGAAUAAUUGCGUCAAAAGACUACCACAAGUCUUUUUACCGGUAGUCAUAAAAGUCUUUCGGUGGCCAUCCAUUCAACUUAAAAAUGAAACCAAAACUCAAGUUUUGAGUGUUGUUCUAAGGGGGCAGCGCGCGGGUCCGCGGGGCGGCGCGCGCGCAGCCCGGCACCGCCUGCGACAAGCCGCAGCGGGCGCCCUGCGCGACACUGGUGUUAUGAAACAAUUCCUCAAUCGCGUUCAGUAGCAGAGAACAAAGCCAACUUACGACACAGAAAUUAAACACUACUUCAAAACUAUGACUAUUAAAUUCAUUUUCAUCGGCAUGACGCUCGGUGUGACGUUGAACGGCGCUGGCGGCUCGGUGGUGGGGCUCACCUACAGGGAUGACUUCGACUUCGAGCAGCGCUACCGUCGCGUGCACGAGUGCGACCCCUUCUACUGGCACCCGCUCCACCUGCCCGAGGAGUGCGCGGACAUGUACGAGCAACUUAUCCGCAAUAGGCUUCCUGUACGCUUGCCCAAGCGAACCGAUCACCUGUACCAACCCAUGCAAUAUUCGUUUAACCCGGUUUACCAAACGAUAGUCAGCGUAGAAGAGGAAACCGUCCCCCGCGAGCUAACGCCGUAUGAAGAAAUGUUAGAAUCCGUUCAGAAAGAUGUCAAUAACUUCCCUAGUGUUCCAUCGGUAAGGGACAUGCCAAACUUUGGUCCGGUAGCUGUGUAUCAACAGCCGGUAUCACAAAUCAGCGCGGAUAUGAUACAAAAGGUUGCAAUGACUUAUAUUCAUUCAUCUGAUGACAAGAAUGGUAAAAGAAAACGCCACCGUGGCGGAAAGAGUGGACGUAAGUGGAAGGAACUUAUAAGCAAAGUCCGCCGGCAUGAACGAAAAGGCUGGAAAAAAAUAAACAAUGGAGAUAUUGUUAGCAUUUCGAAACCUUAGUAAUAAGGAUUA